AUGACGCGAAUGAAAUUUGAACAAUUUACAACAACAACUUCCACGCAUCGAACCUUUGAAAAUGUCAUAAAUGAAAGUAAUCAUGAUGAAAGUCGAUCAAAAACCAUGUGGAUUCCACAAGGUUAUCAGGUGACCAUCGCCUUUUGGGCUUUGACAUUUUUACUCUUUUCUUUAACUACGACCUCUUCUAUCAUGAUGGGAUUGAAUCGAAAUCUUUUACAUGAAGAAAAUGGUCCCGUUAUGAGAAGGAACAAAGCAUUUUUAUAUGCGAAUGGUUGUCUCUAUGGCACUUUUUGGUUUCAUUGUACUUUUAUUAUUUUCAUCUUGACGUUUUAUGGAAGGAAUUUAUUAAGAAUGACAGAAGAAAGUUUUAUGUUAACAGGAAUUCAAGACGCCGGUAGUAGCAAUAUUCCUGAUAGAAUAAAAAGAAGGUUGGAAAAAGCAAACAUCACCUUCAAAGCAUAUAUUAAUAAGUUAUUAAGUGCUCUUUGGAUUGGUUUGUUGUAUACCGCCAUUUCAAAUUUUGCACCUUCGAUAUGUCUUUUCGCGAUUUUAAUUGCAAUUGUACGAGCAGAAAUGAAUCCGGACCAAGAAGCAGCCACCGCAGUAGCAGUUAUUGAAUUGAAUGAGAUAAAUUCAUUUUUUUCAGACGUUGAAUCUUGA